UCCACCCGCAACAUCUGUGCCUGUGCCGGUGCCUCUAACGAGUCUAGAAUCCCGUGCUUCAUCAUCAAUGAAACGGUUUACAAACUCACCUCACCUCACCUCUUCCCCAUCCGCUGUCCUCAUAAAACCCAUCCUCUGCCGAAGAGCUCCACGACACUCGAGUCAUCUUAUGCAAGCGCAGCAAUCUCUCUUCCAGUCCGCAUUCAAAGACCCGAAUCAACGCGCCGCUCACGGAGUCAAAAAGUCGAUCCCGUUCCUCAAUCUUUGGGCCCCGAGUCAGGACGUACAGAGGUAUCAGGAGCAGCAAAAGAGAGAUUUAAGCACCAUGGCGUCCGCUACCAGUUUUUAUGAUUUCAAGCCUUUGGAUAAGAAAGGCGCCGCCGUCCCCCUAGAUACCUACAAGGGGAAGGUCGUCUUGAUUGUCAACACGGCGUCGAAAUGCGGCUUCACGCCCCAGUACCAGGGCCUCGAGUCGCUGUACAAGAAGAUCUCUGCCUCGCACCCAGACCAGUUCGUCAUCCUCGGCUUUCCCUGUAACCAGUUCGGCGGCCAGGAACCCGGCUCCGACGAGGAAAUCCAAUCCUUCUGCCAGCUCAACUACGGCGUCUCCUUCCCCAUAAUGGGCAAGACGGACGUCAACGGCGAUAAAGCGAACCCGCUGUUCGAGUGGCUGAAAGAGGAGAAGCCGGGCCUGCUCGGCAUGAAGCGGGUGAAGUGGAACUUCGAGAAGUGGCUGGUGGGUAAGGAUGGCAAGGUGAGGGGCCGGUGGGCGAGUACGACGAAGCCGGAGAGUCUGGAGAAGGAGGUGUUGGGUGCGAUUAACGAGGCUUGACUGAGGACGCCAAAGCUGUAGUUUUGCGAAGGGCGGAUGGAAAGGAAAAUAUGCCAUUUGCAUUUGCAGAUAGGUGGAAGCGGAUGAAUAAUGCCUGGGGAACCAUUCCUUGAUGGAUGAAGGAUGUUUGCGGCUCACUGAGUCAGUCUCCUUUCAACAGGAUUUGCUUUAUAAUAAUAAACAUUAGCAAGAAAGUAAAAAACGGAGCGAGAUUGCAUUCUACGCUUUUCCC